CUAUAGACUCGUUCUCCUCGGUGUCUGAAAGUUCUGAAACCACGGCGUAAGGAUAGAGGUCACGGGUAGGUCACACUCGUAGCUCGAUCACUGAUCAGUCUGAUUCAAGCACAGCUAGUCGGCCGUGCCUCCCGAUCUCAGUUUCAUCAGUUCCAAAUACAGCACUUGCUCCAAGACAGACAAUAUGCCUAUCCAAAGCAUCAAGGCCCGUCAGAUCUACGACUCGCGUGGCAACCCAACUGUUGAAGUUGAUUUGGUUACUGAAAACGGAUUGUUUCGUGCCGCAGUGCCGUCUGGUGCCUCGACCGGAGUUCAUGAAGCAUUAGAACUUCGUGACAACGAUAAGUCCAAGUACCAUGGAAAGUCUGUCUUUAAGGCUGUCGAUAACAUUAACAACAUCAUCGCUCCCCAACUUAUCAAGGCUAACCUAGAAGUCACUCAGCAAGUGGAUAUCGACAAUCUGCUACUUAAGAUUGACGGAACUCCAAAUAAAUCAACCCUUGGAGCUAACGCAAUCCUUGGAGUUUCCCUUGCUGUUUGCAAGGCUGGUGCUGUUAAGAAAGGAAUUCCCCUUUACAAGUAUAUUGCAGAGUUAGCAGGAAAUCCUGAGAUCAUUCUUCCAGUACCUGCCUUCAAUGUUAUCAAUGGAGGGUCUCAUGCUGGCAACAAACUCGCCAUGCAAGAGUUCAUGAUUUUGCCCGUAGGUGCAGCAAACUUCACUGAGGCGAUGAAAAUGGGCAGUGAAGUUUAUCAUUACCUCAAGGCAGGUAUCAAGAAGAAGUUUGGACUUGAUGCUACCGCCGUUGGUGAUGAGGGUGGAUUCGCACCCAACAUUCUGGACAACAAGGAAGCUCUGAACCUCAUCAUUGAUGCUAUCAAGACUGCCGGAUACGAAGGCAAGAUCAAGAUUGGCAUGGAUGUCGCCGCAUCUGAAUUCUUCAAAGAUGGAAAGUAUGAUUUGGACUUCAAGAACCCAGCUUCGGAUCCUAGCAAAUUCCUAGAGCCACAGGCUCUGCAAAAUCUGUACCUUGACUUCGUUAAGGAAUUCCCAAUUGUCUCAAUUGAAGAUCCGUUUGACCAGGAUGAUUGGGCAUCGUGGACCUCUAUCACUGCUGCAACACCUAUUCAGAUCGUUGGAGACGAUCUUACAGUGACUAAUCCCAUCCGCAUCCAGAAGGCCGUCGACACAAAAGCCUGCAACUGUUUGUUGCUGAAGGUCAACCAAAUCGGUAGCGUUACCGAAUCUAUCAAUGCUCACAAGCUAGCGAAGAGCAAUGGAUGGGGUACCAUGGUGUCUCAUCGUUCGGGAGAAACUGAGGACACUUUCAUUGCUGAUCUUGUAGUUGGUCUUUCCACCGGCCAGAUUAAAACCGGAGCCCCAUGCCGCUCAGAGCGUCUUGCGAAGUACAACCAGAUUCUUCGUAUUGAAGAGGAGCUUGGAGCUGCUGCGAAAUAUGCUGGCGAGAAAUUCCGUAACCCGACUGCCUAAAUUAAGCUUGUUAAAUUUUUGACAGAAGUACUAUUACAAUUUUAUCGUACCGUUAUUGAGAAUGGUCUGCCUUUUUCAAGUGGAAAUAUCAACAAAACGAUAAUGCGUGGUUGCAAUUAAGAAUCAGUUACAAAAUAUCGCAAGGCAAGCAUUCCCUUAUAAUGUUAGAUUCGAUAAAAAACGAUAUUCCUGCUCUUAACGUACUAGUCUGCUGUGUAUCAUCGGCAAAAAAAUUUCCUCUUCCACGGAUCAGCAAACGCUCAUUACUCAGUUUCAACAAAAACUCCCAUUUUAUCCAUCCCGUUACUGUAGAUUAUUAUUUAAUAAAUAUAUUAAUGUAAAGGUAUUACAAAAUACAAUACCGUUUUAUUCAGUGAGGGAAAGUAUUUAGGGGCUAGAAAAUGAUUGGUCGAUGAAGCUAAGCUAACAAUAAUCGUUGUGAAUUUACAUGAGUAAUUAUUUCAUGAAAAUAUAUGGUUAAGUUAUACUGUACAUUUUCGCCAUUAUCGAGUAAAUAAUGUUACUCAUUUA